AGAGUUCCCAUUUGGAUCCCCAUCAGAGGCACAUCCCAGCAGGAGGGAUAUCACUUCCACCAGGCUCAGUGGGUCACUGGAACACGUGUUUCCCCAGAGCUGUUUCAAGCACAGGGGAUGACUGGCGUGGCGCGGUGGAAUUACCAGCGCCUGGUGGACUUGAAGCAGCCUGGUGUCCACCUCCCAGCCGUCUUUGAUCCUGCAUUAAUGGCCCAGCUCAACGCAGUCUCCGAACGGGUGUUGGGACACAUGAAAUAUCCAGCAUUUCAUCUCUCUAGCAGAGACACUGGAGAGAAGUUUGGCCUGCAGUACUCUGAGCCAGGUUGCCGCCCAAUUCCUGUGGACUGGGACAAGCACAGGACCAAGACAGACUCUGCCCCGGCCCUGAGUCCACCUCCUCAAAGCAGCGCGCCGACUGCCCAGUCAUCCUCAUCCUCAAUGGCACCCCUGAAGCUGUUUCAGUUUCCUCCACGCCCUGCUGCAGAUUCUGCUGUCAAACCAGACGUGACUCCCGGGCCUCAGACAGAUCCAGAAAAAUGUCGGCCGUCUCUGCCCCUGCUGUCCUCACCGACUGCCGCUCGCACUGGACCUGUGAAGACAGGAGGGAGAGUGUUUGUGUUGGACCACAAGCGGUGGCCGGCCCCCAUGAAGGCAGCUAUAGACAACCUGCUCAAUGAACACCGUGGGAUGAAGGACAUGCUCAAGCUUGUGGACCAGGGCUAUGCUGCUCUAGUUCACAACUCCUGUACAGACCCAAACAGCAUGCUGCACCCAACAACAAAACAUCACAUCUUACAAUAUGUAAAACACCUCUGCAAAUUACUAAACACCAGCUCAUCUUUGAACACCAGCCCAGAAAAACUGCAAGAGAGGCAGGAACUCUGGCACUCUCUGACAAAGGGCAGUGAGACUACCCGUGUGCCAGUUGUAACUAUGCCUGUUGCAGUCGUUAACCCACCGCCACCUGGUCAGACCCUUACGAAAGCCUCCAUUGAGGAAAUUGUCCAAAACAUCCUAGACAAGCAACAGCAGCAUCAGCAGCAACAACAACAACAACCAGUGCACAAAAAGAAGCAGACAAAAACGUGCCUGUCCUGUGGCCAGCCAAAGUCCAGGUAUGAGAAUGAUGGUUCCUCCAUCCACUUCUUUUACCAGCAGGGCCCCGUCAGGUACUUUUACUGCUCCACUAAAGUUUUUAAAGCUUAUGGUGCUGAAGGUCUGACAAACCCCAAAAUGCCCUUUAAAGACUUUGCAGGAACAAAGUUCUUUCAGCAGGAACUGUAUUCCACAAAGAAAAGGGUGGAGGAGAGAGGCCAGCAAAAGAGGAAGAGGACUGAAUCUCAGCACACGGAAUCCCGAGACACUGAAUCCCAGCACACUGGUCCAAGGUGUCGCUUCUGUAGGAUGGGACUGAAGCAGGGCCCAAACAGUCCUCAUAUUCACACCGGGUUCCCUGGAGUAACAGGGAAGUACGUGUAUUGCCCUGCUAAAGUAUUUUCUCUGUACAAAGACCAGGGCAUGGAGAAGGAGAUGACAUGGAGAGAGUUCCAGGUGUCUGCCUUUUAUGAGACAGAAAAAAACAGAUGGGCAGUUGAAAAGAGAAAAUAAGAGAAAUGGGGAGUGUUCUGUCAUGUAUAUAUUCUCUCUUUUUAAUAUUUACAUUCUUUUUACAAAUUUGUGUUGUGUUUGUUUGACCUUGCACUAUGGCCUCUGUUCAAUAUUUACUGUCCCUGUUGUGGUGAAUGAAAAUAUUUCAUGGAC